AUGAACAGGUUGACCAGUCUAUUGAUCAGGCCCUCCGGAUUGGCCAGAGGUCUUGCCAUAAGGCCUGCUCCAUUCACCGUCAUCAGCAGCAACAUACACACCUCCAGCCCCCGCCAAAACGGAAAUGUGUUUGGAGAGUUGACCAAGAAAGAGUCGGAACCAGUUCCAGUCGAAGAAGACGUGGUUCAAGAGACCGAAGUCACCCCAAAGAACGACACCACCUUGCAAGAAUACCACAUGAAAGAAGCAUUGGAAAGACAGUACAAGAUCGACAAGUACGUGACGCCAUUGAAGAAAGCAUUAUUUGACGCCAACGUCGCCGAAAACGGGUUCUUCAAGAACAACCAGAUAGUGGAGCAUAACGGCAGCAAGUACAAGUUACUGUUGACCGAGGAGGAAAUCGACAUAUUGGAACCAUCGGUAUACUUGAAGUCAUUCCGGAUCAAAUCGUCCAUGAAGAAGGCCACCCAGGUGAAUCGUUUUGUCAGAGGAUACAACGUCAAGACCGCCAUCAACCAGUUGCAUUUCAACCCCAAGAAGAUGUCCACUGAGUUGGAAAAGUUGUUGAAGAAGGGAUUGCAGCAGUCCCGCGAGCUCGGCUUGGACGAGGACACCAUGUACAUCCAGAGUUUGUGGGUGGGAUCCGAUGGUGAGUGGGUCAAGAGACCAGAUAUCAAGGGUAGAGGCCGGUGCGGGAUCAUCGAACAUCCGUACGUGCACUUGCGGGCCAUUUUGAGGUCCAACCAGACCAAGCUCCGUAAGGAGUGGGAGGCUGCACAGAAGAAGCUCCAAGCCAAGCCAAGAAUGUUCUUGAACAACGAUCCCUUGAACUUCAAGGUGAGACCAUACUACAAGUGGUAG